ACCACCACUCCUCUUGGCUCUCCGGCGAAAUCCAGUUGUGCUCUCUCUCUCUCUCUCUCUCUCUCUUUGUCUCCUUUCAUCUCCUAGAUUUUCCGUCAGAUUUGAACUUGGUUAUCUCAAAUACCAAAUUCAAAAAAUGGGGAAAAACGAUUUUUUAACCCCAAAGGCAAUUGCCAACCGAAUCAAAGCUAAGGGUUUACAGAAGCUACGAUGGUAUUGCCAGAUGUGUCAGAAGCAAUGUCGAGACGAAAACGGAUUCAAGUGCCACUGUAUGAGUGAAUCUCAUCAGCGUCAAAUGGAAAUCUUCGGUCAAAACCCUAAUCGUAUCGUCGGUGGCUAUUCGGAGGAAUUUGAGAGCUUAUUCCUAGAACACAUGAAGCGUAGUCACCGAUUCAGUCGUGUGGCUGCGACUGUUGUGUACAAUGAGUAUAUUGCUGAUCGCCACCAUGUCCAUAUGAAUUCAACUCAAUGGGCAACAUUAACUGAGUUUGUAAAGUACUUGGGAAAAACGGGAAAGUGUAAAGUUGAAGAAACCCCGAAAGGGUGGUUCAUCACGUACAUUGAUAACGAUUCUGAGACUCUCUUCAAGGAAAAAAUGAAAAACAAGCGAAUUAGAGCCGAUUUAGCGGAUGAGGAGAAGCAGGAAAGAGAGAUUAAGAAGCAAAUAGAGCGUGCGGAGCAGUUGAUGGGUGGUGCAGAAACUAUGGAUGGUUCUGAGCAGCAAUUGGAGUUGCCACCGAAACCCUUGGAGAAAUCCGAGACUGAUCAGAAGAUCAAGUUAACCUUAGGGUCAUUGUCGAAAUCUGUUGUGAAAGAGAGAGCAGAAAGCUCAAGACUCAUUUUUGAUGAGAUAGAUAAUGAGAAGAGCGUAAAGGGUAGCAAGGAUGGGGAAAAAGGUGGUAAGAAUGGUAUAGGUGGAGGUAAAUCGGUGUUGGAUGAGUUAAUGAGAGAGGAAGAGCAAGCGAAAGAGCGGAGUAAUAGGAAAGAUUACUGGUUAUGCGAGGGGAUAAUUGUGAAGGUAAUGAGCAAGGCUUUGGCUGACAAGGGAUACUAUAAGCAAAAGGGUGUGAUUCGUAAGGUUAUUGAUAAGUAUGUUGGGGAGAUUGAGAUGCUUGAAAAUAAGCAUGUUUUAAGGGUUGAUCAGGAAGAGCUUGAGACUGUAAUUCCUCAAAUUGGAGGUCUUGUCAGGAUAGUCAAUGGUGCAUAUCGUGGAUCAAAUGCUAGGCUGUUAGCAAUUGAUACAAAUAACUUUUGUGCUAAAGUACAAAUUGAGAGAGGAAUAUAUGACGGGAAGAUUCUCAAGGCUAUUGAAUAUGAAGAUAUAUCCAAAUUGGCUCAAUAACAGGGACAAAGGAUGCCAAAGGACUAAUAUUAGUCAAGAACUUCUUAUUGUACUUUGCAAGACCCCGUUGUUCAAUGUCAAUUAUACAUUAUUGCUAAUGCUGGUUUCUUCAUAAGUGAUGGAUGCCUCUAGUUUUUAUUUUUCUGUCUUUA